CCGUCCGCCCCCAUCUGUCCCUGCAGCCAACCCGGCCUCUCCGAGCCUCACCCUCUUUUUGUGACGUUAUUGAGGAGAAGUGCAGCCUUUGUGUGUGGUUUGUGUCUGUGUGAGUCAUUACACAGCCGGUGUGCUUGCGUGUGUUUGAGUAUGUGACAUACAGUGAAAGGGAGAAAGAGAAAGAGAGAGAGACACAGAGAGAGAGAGGGAAUGGACCAACAGGAAUAGAAAGGGAGAAGUAUUAGGUUUCCCUUUUUUGAUUCAGAAGCUCAAUUCGUUGUUUGGAAUCUAGAAAAUAGAGAGAAAGGUGGAGGAAAGAGGAGAAGAUAGGUGGGAAUCUGAGCUGCUGACAGCAGGUUUUUGUUCCUCCUUUCUUCACCCCUCUUUCAUUCCCUCUUUACAACAUCAUCGCUGUGUAUUGGCGCCAGCUUCUCAAAUCUGAAAUCUCAAACUUUACUCUCUUCCUGUGACGUCUGGCCCACCGCAUCCGGAUCUGACUUCACAAGAUGCUGACAUACUUGCAGUUAAACCAUUUUCCUGUCGAAUUUUCAGUUCACACUUGCACUCACACGCAUGAUCUUUGUACCUGCACGAUAAAUAAUUACAGACCAUGGUAGGCUACUGUCCAAUUUGUGGAAAGCCUGUCUACUUUGGGGAGAAGAAGAGGUCCUUAGGGAGGGACUACCAUCCUCUAUGCCUGAAGUGCCAGAAGUGCAAGAGACAGCUGACGGCUGGCCAGCAUGCUGAGUACGAUGAGAAGCCGUACUGCACACACUGCUACAUGAAGAUAUUUGGCCCGAGAUGCACACUUUCAGGCAACAGGUGAAGGAUGUCUCCACAGGACAGGCGUGUGGUCUUCAACGCCCAAACCCGACAGAAGCACAACUAGUAAAUACUGACAUCUAAGACGAGGGCAGCUGAAAAGCCACAAAACGUAGAGGCUUUAAUAAUAAACAAUGGCGAGCGUACAUUUAACUAUUGUUCUCGUCAGGAAUUGAAUAUCUAUGAAUAAGCGGCGUUUACUUGAGUUUUAUCAUACUGAUUGUAAAUUUGAACGAGUUUUUUUUGUCUUACAUUUUCAGAACUUUGUGACUGUAUUUUUUUAUUUUUUAUUUUUUUGCUGUAUCUGCAAUGUUACUUUUGGUUUUGCAAUCACAAAGCAAUAAUCCUAUUCAAAGUAUUCAUACAUCCACAAACCUUAAUGUAUUUUAUUUAGAUUUAAUGAGAGGGACCAACACAAAGUAGUGCAUAGUGGUAGAGAUUCAAUAUAAAUUACACAUUGUUUUUGAACUCUCUGAAAUAGAAAUGUGGAAAUAAAGUCCUAUAUGCAACA